AUGUUGUUGGAAUGUGUGAGUUGCAAAACUGUUCAUGUUGUGGGAGACCAAUUGGGCUGGAACAUCCCCAGCCGACAAAAUUUCUUCGAUGAUUGGGCUAAGAAAAAAACCUUCGUCGUUGGUGACCGGCUUGUUUUCCAGUACCACCCUGGUCUGGACACAGUGGUUAUGGUAAAUAAUAAAGAGGAUUACGAGAAUUGCAUAACGAAAAAUGUAAUUGAGACGUAUUUCAAUGGAAACUCAGGUCUUACUUUGGAGGAAGCUGGUGACUAUUAUUUCUUCUCUUCUGUUGGUAAGCAUUGCGAGGCUGGCGUAAAGCUUCACGUCACUGUUACUAAUCCCCUCAAAUUCUCUCAGUAA